CUACGAUCAUUAAAGCUGAGAAUCGUGCAUAUAUUAACACAACACUUUUACCUAUUGAUCAUCAAUUCAUCCUUAGCAUUAUGUCCAAGAAAGGGUGAUCUGUAUCAAGACUGAGAAGCCAUCACGAUGGCAGAGAGCAGUUCAGAAAGAGAGCCAUUGCUUAAGCAACAAAAGCAGCAGCAGCAACAGCGACAAGGACCAAGCGAAACAAGACAAUCAAAACCGAUCCAAAUCAAAGAAGAAUCUCAAAUCUCACCAUUGAUACGAGCAUUGAUCGCAUUACGAUCAGGUCAUUUACCCGAUAAUGCACAGCUUUAUGCGCUCUUGCAUUCAUCUGCUGCAUUUUUUGAAACGUUAAGUGGAUCAGUCAUCCCGGCAGAAAGCAAAAAGAACUCUACCACAAACGAAAGAGAUGAUGAACGUGCGGCAUUGUCAAAUGAAACUAUCAUUACGCUUGCUGCACUUUUGAAAGAAUGUGCAACGCUUUGUAGAAUUUCGGCUGGAUGGUUGUAUGGUAAUGAAAAUGAUCGGGAUGGAAAGAUUCCAAAAUCCAACGAUACGGAGAAUGGUUCACAACAAGGAGCACGAGGCAACGAGAAUGAACAAUGGCAACGAUUGAUUUGGCAUUUAGGUCAAGCAUUAGUUGAGAAACCGGUCGAAGUUGAAAUGGAAAGUGAUCUUACAACAGAUGCGCGUGAAGCCACCGAAGCGAUCAAAGAUGCAGCAAAGCAAGUUCAAACGGAUGCUGUACAAGGAUUCAAAUCUAUCACAAAGAUCCUUUCGAUGAUUUUGAGCAGUGAUGAAUUUUUGAGGAUACCUUCAGAUAUUGUCGGAUCCAUCAGUGGAACGCUGGCGGGAAUUGCGAAUGAUGUUGGAGCAAGAGCGUUUGAAGUGGAAGAAGCAUUAGAGACGAGUAAAGUCGGUUCUGAAAAGACGGAGAAAGACUUUUUAUACCCCAAAGAAGCUGUUCAAGAUGCAGGUGGGAAAGCGGCAGACGCGGUAGAAGCAAUAGUCAACGAGCCACAACCAGGAAGAAAAGGAAAGCAAAGAAGAUCGGAAGAAGAGGAAAAGGCUGCAACAUGGGAAGAUGAAUUUUCCAAACGGAUUGCUAGACUAUUAACCGAAGUGAGAGAAGAUGAUACAUUCAGAAGUGCGACUGAGAAAAUUGUUGGGUUAAUGAGAAAGUACAUGAGUAUUGCUCAAGAGGUACGCGAUGAUCUACAAGUCAACAUCGAAAAAGAAGGAUCAAUUGGUGAUGUAGCGGCGAAUGGCGUUGAUCAGGUCAGGGAAGGAAUUGCAACAAAGAUUGAAUCUGUUCAUCUGGAGACAGAGGUAUCUACUCACCUCUCUUAUCACGCUACUGCCACGUUGCAAGCGGCAAAAGAAGUUCUGGAAGGAUUGGCGGGCGGGAAAAGCUUAGAUUCCGUUUUGGAGAAAGCUCGGAUUGUCAAGGAACAGGCACAGAGUGAUUCUGAACUCCGACAAUGGGUCAAUCAAGCAUUAGAUAUAGUUGCCAAUACUAUACGACCGACAGAUAGCAGUAACGAAGAAUCGAUUCAAGCCCAAAUCAAGUCACUCUUUGAUGAAUUGCACGUUCUGCUCAAUACUAGACCAGCAAUCGUACGUUCGUAUGAAGACCUUCAAAUUGCCUGGGCUGAAUUUCAAGCUGGCCUCCGUUCUGACGCAAUGAUGCGUAAGCUACGUGCUCGAGUGAGCCAUAUCGUUUCAAUGUCAAAGACGGUAUUCGUUAAUGGUAUCAAAGAUGCCAAAGAUCAAGCCCGGUUCGCAUUUUCCACUUUGAUCAAAUCACUUCUUCCUUCCCUGGGUCAAAUUUUGGGAAACAUUCCAUUACCAAGAGUUGAAUUCACGUCGGAAAAUCUGGAUGCUGUCGUUGAUGAUGUUCAUAUAUCCUCCCUGCAACUCGUUCCCGAUACCCUUCGGCUCACCACAAAGACAGAUUGGGUCUGGCAACCAGACGAGACGCAUGUCGAUACUGACUUCCGUGUCUUUAUUGGUGGUCUAAAACUUGCCGUUUCGGAUGUAUCCUUUUACGUACAAGAACGCUAUACUGCACCCUCGGAUACGGCCUGUUUUGCUUGUUGUUCCUUUGGCAGAUCACAAAGCAAUUGGUGUCUUUGUCGCGGUCCUGCUUCUUGGCUUGCUUAUACAGAAAGUGCUCUACUCGAUGUUGGAUUCAAGCGUAAAGGUGUUGGUAUCACUCUGGAUUUGCGGGAUGCAGGUCAAGAUUUACGGAAACAAUCAUCUUCUUCUUGGUGGCCACCUUGGUCUUCAUCGCAGAACAAACAACCAAAUCAACUGGAUGGUAUCAUUAAACAAUAUCAAAGUUCAGAAGAGCAGGCUGAAAUUGAAGAAAAGUCUGUUAGAACAUCAUUCUUUGACAUCAAUGAUUGCCAAGUGGAAAUAGAUGAUUCGUUUGACCUGAAUCUGAGAAAUUCUCGUCAUUGGCUCAUCAAUACCUUGCUACGUUACACGUCAAGACCAAUCAUCAAGACUGUACUGCGAAGGAUCAUUUCUGCUCAAAUUCGAAAUGGCUUUGUUUUGGCAGAUCAGCGUGCAUAUGAUAUUCAUCUUCGUUCUAAGCUUGUCCGCCAUCGGAAGCUAUGCCAAGAAGCUCGAAGAGCAGGCCAUGAAACUCUACCUUCGCUUUCGGAUGCACAUGCCGGAGUGUCUGAUUAUGUGGCGGUCGUACUGAACAACGAAGCAGGCAAAUCCAAAUCGCGCAUCGAACGAGAAAAAGAAGAAGAACUGCAACGUCAAAAGGAAGAGCGAGAAAAAGAAGAAGAAGAAAUCCAAAAACAAAGAGAGGAUCAAGAAGAAGCUGCAACUGUGAAAGAUCAACCAAAACCUGACAAAAAGAUGGAAAUACGACCGACUGGAAUGGUUUAUCAUGAUGAAGAUGGUGAUUAUAGUAUCGCAAUUGGCGUGAAACCUUCUGGAAUGAUUCUUGAUGAACGUCAACAUGGUCCAAAGACGCAACGAAUGCGUGUACGCGAAGCGAUUGCCAACCCUAAACGCACGGCAGAAGAAGUCGGACAAAGAGGAAAAUAUGUUCACGAAGAAGCAAAGAAGGCCUUACAAGGAGAUCGCCAAGAAUCACAAACAAUUGAUGACGAAGAUCGUGAUUUGUUGGAUGUACCCAGAGCUGUCACACAAAAUGCUAGAGAAGGAUUGCACAAUGCACAAGAUGCAUUAGCAGCAGUCACUGGAGAUCUUUUCACAAAAGAUGAAUUGCGCAAACAGGAUCGUGACAAUGGAUGGAAAAGCUCAGCGUUUGAUCUGUGAUCACACUUUUUGCAUGCUUUGACAUAGCGGCUUAGUAAGGUGAUUACUAUGUCAGUGUUGAUGAUUGUUAUUAGAUCAACUAUAUACAUAUGUUCAGAAAUUACAUUAUUGUACACUAAAA